UGCUGCAGCCCUCCCCCGGCGCCGACGGGGUCCUGCCGGGGUAGCGGCCCCGCCGUGCCGCUCCAGCCCCGCCGUCUGCGGGGGCGGCGGCCGGGAGGGAUGGAGCCGGCCGGCCCCUGCCGGGCGCAGUUGGGCUCCGCCAACGAUUCUUACCGAAACUGUAGCGCCGAGGAAGUGAUUUACCAAGAUGCCACCCCCCUCUCCGUGAAGAUCGUGCUCGCCGUCGUCCUGGCGCUGGUCACCCUGGCCACGGUGCUUUCCAACGCCUUUGUCAUCGCCACGGUCUACCAGACGAGGAAACUCCACACGCCGGCCAACUACCUGAUCGCCUCGUUGGCCGUCACCGACCUCCUCGUCUCCAUCCUCGUCAUGCCCAUCAGCACCAUGUACACUGUGACCGGCAAGUGGACGCUGGGUCAGAUCGUCUGCGAUAUCUGGCUGUCCUCGGACAUCACCUGUUGCACGGCGUCCAUCCUGCACCUCUGUGUCAUCGCCCUGGACCGCUACUGGGCGAUCACCGACGCCGUCGAGUACUCCACGAAACGGACUCCCAAGCGGGCAGCGGGCAUGAUCGCACUGGUAUGGAUCUUCUCCAUCUGCAUCUCCAUGCCCCCUUUGUUUUGGCGGCAGGCGAAGGCCGAGGAAGUAUCUCACUGUGUGGUGAACACGGACCACGUCCUGUACACCGUGUACUCCACAGUAGGAGCCUUCUACUUCCCCACUCUGCUGCUGAUAGCCCUCUACGGGAGGAUCUACGUGGAAGCCAGGUCGCGGAUUUUGAAGCAGACGCCAAAGAAAGCAGGUAAAAGACUAACGCGGGCACAGUUAAUUACAGACUCCCCGGGGUCGACCUCCUCCGUCACGUCCAUAAACUCCAAGGCUCCCGAGGGAUCCAGCGAAACGGGCUCCCCCGUGUACAUGAACCAGGUGAAGGUGAAGGUCUCGGACGCCCUGCUGGAGAAAAAGAAGCUGACGGCCGCUAGAGAGCGGAAAGCUACAAAGACUUUAGGGAUUAUUUUAGGAGCCUUCAUCGUGUGUUGGCUGCCCUUUUUCAUCAUCAGCUUGGUGAUGCCUAUUUGCAAGGACGCUUGCUGGUUCCACAUGGCCAUCUUUGACUUUUUCAAUUGGCUUGGAUAUCUCAACUCCCUCAUCAACCCCGUCAUCUAUACUAUGUCUAACGAAGACUUCAAACAAGCUUUCCACAAACUCAUACGUUUCCGAUGCACAGGCUGAAAUGUUGAAUGCGAUGUGUUCCCCGCGGCAGCCCCCAUGCACGCCCGCGCCCGGCGCCACAGAAUCAAGUUGCUAUUGUAAAGACCCACUGCUUGAAACUUCCCCAAGCCCAGUUGCCAGACUCAUGAUGCUGCAAAAAACGUCAAUACAUUCUGCCACCAAACUGCUCAGCUCUGCGUUUCAGUGUAAUGACUCUGGCAGAGAUGCUGUUCCAAUAGGCACGCAGAUCAGUUGCAAAAAAAAAAAAAAAAAAAAAGAGGGCAGCCUCGAAUCAAGGUCUAUAAUUCAACUGGAAUGAAGAAAAAAAGUUUGAGAGUAAAAUCCAUUUAUUUUGCAGGCUUAACUUCCUAAUUUGUUCUCCGUCCAGUUGUAAGGGUGUGCACAAGAGCACAGUUGUCUCUGUCUGUGUUGGUAGCAUAGUUGUACUUCUGCACACCUGUAAUUUCUUUCUUUCAGUGGAAAGAGUUGCUCCUUUCACCCAUGAGGCCAAGAGGAGAAAAACUCACGUUUAAAAUUGGAGCAUCGCAGUAAAUUCUGUACAUGACUCCUUCAGCCGAACACGUGUGAGAAGUGACGGUGUGCAAAAGUUUUAUAUUUGUAUUUCGAAACAAUAGUAAAUGCAAAUGCUCUAGAAACAAGAGUUGUAGACCUGUUCAACUGCACUGCAUAUCUGUACUCUGUCCUCAUAGUUGCCUUUAGAAAGGAAAUACUUCUUGCUUUUACUCCAUAAGAGCAGAAAUCAAGAAGUCCAAUGACCUUUUCCAUAAACCAGCUGGGAAUAGAAGUAGCAGUUUGAUGCUGUAACCAUGUUUUCCAUUUUGUGUCGGUUGCACACCCUUACCGCAUGAACCACUGCAAAAUUUAGAAUUCUCUAAGUACUUAACAUUAUUUAGUGUAUUUUGUAAAGAAGUGAAGCAGUUUGCUCUUUCAGAAGAGCCAUUUCACCUGCAAAAUAAAUACCCAUGAAUCAUGAAUUAACUGAUGUUAGUGAAAUUUCUUGCCUCCCUACUUCCCCCCUAUGUUUUUUAGUUUUUUUUUCUUCUUUUGUUUUGUUUUUUUUUUAAUUUAUUUUCUCUCCUGAUUGGACCUUAAGACAGGUCUGUGCGUAUUCAGCAGAGUUUCAGGAUAUGGUCCACCUGCUGUGGUAGAACUGCAUUGAUUGUUCCUCUUAUGUGUAAAUGAAAAUGAGUAUAAACAAUAAAACGCUUGACUGUGUUCUCAA